AUGUCUCCAAUUGCCCCAAUAGCCGUUGUGGGCAUGUCAUGCCGGCUGUCUGGUGGUGUGUCUACCCCAGAAGACCUCUGGACCAUGAUAUCUCGGUCCCGCGAUGGUUGGGGUCCGAUUCCAAAAGACAGAUUUUCUACGGAUGCCUACUAUCAUCCAAAUCCACAGAAAAAGGGUUGCUUUAACGUGAAAAGCGGCUAUUUCAUGGAGAGAGAUUUGUCUCAAUUUGAUGCACCUUUCUUUAAUAUCACCGAGCAAGAAGCCAUCGCCAUGGAUCCACAACAACGGCAGUUGCUCGAGUGUACAUAUGAGGCAUUGGAAAGCGCCGGAAUACCCAAAGAGACGAUUUCAGGCAAACGAGUUGGGGUGUUCGUAGGAGCUACGUCCUCAAGUUAUAGGAUGGGAACAUUGAGGGACCUGAAUCAAGUUCCUCUAUUUGAUUCAACAGGAAACCAUCAGUCCAUCCAGGCUGCUCGUAUUUCCCACUACUUUAAUCUCAGAGGACCUUGCUUCUCGAUAGAUACAGCCUGUUCAUCUAGCCUUUACGCAUUGCAUGCGGCGGUUCAAAGUAUACGUUCAGGGGAAUCGGACUCAGCAAUUGUAGCUGGGUGUAGUUUGCACAUUCAGCCUAAUGACAUGGUUUCCAUGUCUAUGUUAGGAAUUUUUAAUAAUCAUGGAAAGACAUUCUCAUUUGACCACCGUGCCAAGUCUGGCUUCGCAAGAGGUGAGGGUGUUGGAUGUAUUAUCUUGAAGCCCUUGAAGCAGGCAGUGAAGGACAACGACAAAAUUCGCUGUCUACUUGUCAACACUGGGACAAAUCAGGAUGGGAAAACAGUCGGCAUCUCGACACCGAGUGGGGAAGCUCAAGAAGAGUUGAUACGAGAAGUCUACUCCCGAGCUAAUAUUUUGCCUGAACACACAGGGUACGUGGAGGCACACGGCACUGGUACUAAGGUGGGUGAUCCAAUUGAGGCCAAGGCCUUGCAGAAGGUGUUUGGAAACGGACGAACAAAAAGAACACCGCUCUACAUUGGCUCUGUGAAGUCUAAUAUAGGCCACCUUGAGAACGCCAGUGGGAUUAUAUCUAUUAUCAAGGCUUGCCUCAUGCUUGAGAAAGGAUUCAUUUUGCCUAAUGUUAAUUUCGAAAAGGCAAACGCGGCAAUUCCUCUUGGCGAGUGGCACAUGAAAGUGCCCAUCAACUUGCGCCCCUGGCCAAAGGAUAAACGCUAUAUUAGCAUCAAUAACUUUGGAUUUGGUGGAUCAAAUGCCCAUGCUGUGGUUGAAAGAAUACCGGUCACCUUUUCCAGCCUAGCCGUCAAGCUUUCCAAAGAACAACCCAAGCUAUUUGUCCUAUGUGCAAAUGACGAAGGCGCAGGCAAGCGCAUGGCAGCGCAACUAAGCGUUUAUCUGGAGCAACACCCUGAAAUUUUUGAAAAGAGGAUCUUCAACGACAUCGCAUAUACCUUGUCUGAGCGACGCUCACACCUCCCGUGGCGAACUGCGAUUGCGGCAACAUCGUGUGACGAGCUGGCCAUGUCGUUGAACAUUCCGUCUAAUACGCCUAUGAGAUCUAGCAAUGGUCCCCUGAAAAUCGGAUUCAUUUACACUGGUCAGGGUGCUCAAUGGGCGCAAAUGGCUCGCGAGCUCAUUGACGUGUAUCCCAUUUUUGAAAACACCUUACGGCGGGCGGCAAGCUGCCUGGAUCAACUCGGCGCAACGUUUUCUCUUAUCGACGAACUUCUGAAGCCGAAAGAGGAAUCAAGAAUCAGCCAGGCGAACAUAUCUCAGCCAAUAUGUACCGCCGUCCAGCUUGGGCUAACGGACCUUUUGGCGUCAUGGGACAUCAAGCCCAGCAUGGUGCUUGGUCAUUCCAGUGGAGAGAUUGUUGCGGCGUAUGCUGCUGGGGCGAUUGGUAUUGACUCAGCCAUGUCGGCAGCAUAUCAUCGUGGACAGGUCGCUCUGCUUGCCAAGAAGCGACAUCCAGAGCUUCGCGGGAGCAUGAUGGCGGUGGGUUGCGAUGCUGGUGAAAUCAAACAUAAGAUCAAGCUGUUAGGACUGUACGAACUAACAGCGGCCUGCCAUAACUCGCCAAAUUCUACAACCGUUUCUGGAGACGAAGAUUCUAUUGAUAAGCUUGCCAUAGAGCUUGAGCGAGAGGGGAUUUUUAACCGCAAGCUUCGUGUUGACGUUGCGUACCACUCCUCCCAUAUGCGGCUGGUUGCCGAGGACUACAUGUCGGCUAUAAAAGACAUUGCACAUCAGUCGUGUCUCUCCGAUGUCUCAUUUUACUCCUCUGUCCUGGGCAAGCACAAGGGGGCAGAGCCUUUAGGGCCAUCAUACUGGGUCAACAAUCUGGUUCAACCCGUUUUAUUCUCAACAGCCCUGCAGGACAUGUACGGAAAUGAGAAGCCAGAUGUGCUUAUCGAGGUUGGACCUCAUUCGGCGCUCGAAGGACCCAUCAAGCAGGUGUUUCGGCAUAUUGGCAUGCAGGCGACUGCUGAUGUCAAGUACUUUCCAACACUUAUACGAAGUCAAAACAGUGCCGUUGCCUUGGUAAACACGGCGGGAAAAUUGUUCCUGCAGGGCCACAAUGUCAACUUCGGCGAGAUCAAUCAGACGAGCGCAAUCCAGUUACCCAACCUCAUCACGGACUUCCCUCCGUACCCAUGGUCCCCGCACAAAUAUUGGUAUGAGUCGCGGGCUAGCAAGCAGCAUCGGUUGAAACCGUUUGCUCGCCAUGACUUGCUUGGCGUGAUUGAUGAUAAUUAUACGGACAGUGAACAUACGUGGCGAAACGUCUUGUCUGUUGAUGAUAUUCCAUGGCUGAAAGACCACCGCAUGCAAUCACUUAUCACUUUUCCGUUAGCUGGAUACUUGUGCAUGGCUGUUGAGGCUGCAUCUCAGAGAGCACAACUUCGCCAGAUUCAAGUUGACCAGCUAAGCUCCUUCCGGCUACGUGAAGUCAAUGCAUCCAAAGCAUUCAUUAUGGAUAGCACAACUCAGUACGAGACGGUUGUAAGCUUGCGACCAUAUGCGGAGGGAACGAGGUCGCAGUCAAAUGACUGGGACGAAUUCUGCGUCUCGUCCUGGGCGCCAAGUCGAGGAUGGCUGGAACAUUGCCGUGGCCUCGUUUGUGCGAACAAGUCACGCAGCGCAAACACAGUUAGGCCAUACCUGCAUCAAGCUGCGCAUUCUCGGUUGACUGAAGCCAACUGCGCGAAUGCCGUCGCUACCAGCGUGCCGUUGCAACAAAUGUAUACCGAGUUGGCUGAGCGAGGUGCGGAAUACGCAUCAGUGUUCGUCAACUCUGCAGGUCAUACCAAGAUAUCGGGAGACUUUACCAUGGGGACUAUUCAGGUUCCAGAAACAGCAGCCUCAAUGCAUUCUGGUCAUGAAACCCUUUCAAUUGUGCCAGCAUCUUUUAUGGACUUGAUUUUGCAGUUUACGUUCCCACUGCUUGGUGCUGGAUUCGGCCGUAUGCCAUCACUCUUCAUGCCCUCUGCAAUCCAUGAUAUUGAGAUUAGCGCGAAGUUUCCUAAUAUUCCUGGCCAAGAAAUCCAGGCAAUAGCACGGGGUCAUCAUAAUCGAGAGAGCCCUGGUCCGGUGUCAUUUUCCAUUGAUGCAUGGCAUCAUGAAUUUGACGCGCCAGUUGUCACAAUGGAGGGCUUUAAAAUGUCACCAGUAAACGGCGAUAUGGGCGCUGAUCAUAAGCCUAAAUCUCUCUGUUACAAGCUACGAUGGGAGCCGUUAGAUACAACCUCUUGUGAUGAGGAACAAGAAGACGUGUUGAGAUGCCUUAGUGACGAUCACAAUGUCUCGGGAGGGCCAACCAAGCCAUCGGAAAAUGGAAAAUCACUGCACAAAGAAAUCAACGGAAUAGGUCACAUACCUAAUGGCAAUAGCCAGACUACUAUUCCGCCCAAUCAAUGCUUUGUUUCCAACGUCAUGUCCACGGCCAGCUCUCUUAACGGCUGCCAUGGAGUCAAUGGCCAUAACAACGACAACGUCAAUGGUACUAUAGUAGCAAAUGGAGUUAAUGGCCACCACAAGAAAUCAUUAUUUGUGCCUGGAUUGGAUCUAGUAGCCUCGAAGGUUGUUUUGGUAUCCGAUGGGCGCCAUCCUGAUGGCCUACUAGCAUCUCUCCAGGCCGUUGUUGAAUCUCAGUUGGGUCGCCAGCCAGAAAUUAUCUCGUUGAUGGAGCUACAGCCAGCCGCGUCUGCACACUACAUCUGUUUACUAGAGGUAGAUGACAAUUUUCUUUCACGCCUGUCGGAAGACACCUUCAAGAAAUUCCAAGCCUUGCUGUUGACGUGCUCCUCGGUUUUAUGGAUUACGACUGGUGCGUUUCGCACAGCAUCAAACCCUGAAAGGAACAUGGCACAAGGGAUGCUCCGCAGCGUGCGCUCCGAAACAGGAAAGGCACUAGGAACCCUUGAUCUAGAUCCAAGGUCGCUCCUUGAAGUCUCUGAUCAGGCAGAACUUGUGUUGAGUGCCUUUGCAGCUCUCAUCUCCACUGCUGACAGCGCCUCUGUAGAAGACUUUGAGUUCUACGAGGAUAGCGGCAAGCUAUUAGUACCAAAAAUUGUGGUGGAUGAUGGCAUGAACCUGGACAUCUUUCACCGCUCAAACCCCACGGUGUCUUAUUCUCAAGACUUCCAUCAGUCGGAAAGACGACUUAAAAUGGUUGUUGGGACAUCUGGCGCCCUGGAUUCCAUGUACUGGAAGGAUGACGUCAAGCAAGCUCUUCAGGAUGAUGAGAUUGAAAUCAAAAUCGCCUGCACGGGCAUGAACUUUAAGGAUGUCGUCAUUGCCAUGGGUCAACUGGCCAGCCCUUAUAUCGGGGUGGAAUGCAGCGGCACAGUUACCCGUAUUGGCGCAAAGGUGUCAACUCUAGCCGAAGGAGAUAGAGUCUGUGCCGUUUCUUUGGGAGCAUACGGGACUUUUGCCCGGUGCAUGGCAACAAGUGCUAUUCCUAUUCCUCAUGACAUGCCAUUCUCUGUUGCUGCUUCAAUCCCAGUAGUGUUUUGCACAGCUUACUAUGGAAUUAUUGAUUUAGCUCGGAUUGAAUCUGGGGAAUCAAUCUUAAUUCAUGCUGCAUCUGGCGGUGUCGGCCAAGCCGCCAUCCAAUUAGCCCAGAUGGUUGGAGCCGAAAUCUACGCAACAGUAGGUUCAGAAGAGAAAAAACAGCUACUCAUUAAUACCUAUGGCAUACCUGAGGGCCGUAUCUUCUAUAGCAGGGAUACGUCCUUUGGUCCGGCAAUACGGCAUGCUACAGGCGGCCGAGGGGUUGAUGUGAUUCUGAAUUCACUAGCUGGUGACCUUCUUCGAGAGACAUGGGCUUGCCUUGCACCUUUCGGAAGAUUUAUCGAGAUUGGAAAACGAGACAUCACCACUAACACACGCCUCGAAAUGCUCAAGUUUGACUCUAAUUGUUCGUUCAGCUCGGUUGACUUGACAUUAGUGGCAGCUAAACGACCAAAACUCAUGAGUCGAAUUCUGGGCAACGUCAUGAGCCUCUUGAGGCGAAAGGUUGUGUCUCCCGUCGGUCCCCUCACACAAACAGGCAUUGAUGAGGUAGAGAAAUCCAUGAGGAAGUUGCAGAGCGGCAAGACAUCCGGAAAGGUCAUUAUUGAUCAUUCACGACCAGCCAAAAUCACGGCAACGCAUCCCACGGUGGCCAUAGACAUUCUGAAACCAGAAGCGACUUACCUCAUCAUUGGGGGAACAGGAGGCAUUGGGUGUGCUAUUGCUCGUAAACUCAUCCAGCAAGGAGCAAGACAGGUUGUGCUGUUAUCACGGAGCGGUCAAGCUACACCUGAAGUGGUCAAUCUCAUACAGGAUAGCAAAGACGUCGCCACAAUAUGUGUAGAGAAAUGCGAUGUGAGCAACAAGAGUAUGGUUUCAGAUGUUGUAAUUAGGUUGCGGCACUCGCUUCCGCCAGUCCGCGGCAUCAUUCACGCUGCUAUGGUACUUCGGGACACACUCUUCGAAAAGAUGAUGUUUGAUGAUUAUGACUCUGUCAUUCAAUCAAAAGUCAGUGGCGCACUGAAUUUUCACCACGAAUUUUACAAUGACAAGCUGGACUUUUUUAUCCUGCUAUCUUCAGUCGCGGGUAUCGUUGGAAACAGAGGCCAAGCAGCUUACUCUGCUGCAAACACUUUCCUUGACGCCCUGGCUCGUCACCGCCGCUUGAAUGGUCAGGCCGCCUUAUCCCUGAACCUUACAGCUGUCGAUGACGUCGGUUACUUGGCCAGUAAUUCGGAAAGGAAAUCCGAAGUGCUGAAGAAUAUCUCUGGUAGCUCGAUGAACGUAGCCGAAGUGUUGGGUCUCGUUGAGGCAGCGAUUCGAGGAGACGUAGCCGAAAGCUUAUCCAGCGGGCAGUGUAUCACGGGCCUUAAUCUUGACAAUUCAACAACUUUGCCAUUUUGGUCGAGUGAUGGCAAAUUCCGGUACGUCCUCGAGCAAGCUCAGGCCGCAUCGGCAAGCCUGGCAAUGGUCGCUGAAUCAGACAUGUCGGUCGCUGAAAGGCUGAAGCGUUUGUCCAACAAGGAAGAUGCCAUUGCUUUGGUAGCAGAUGAGCUAGGAGACAAGCUUGCGGCAAUUUUAAUGAUGGCACCCCAAGAUAUGGCUGCACAAAGGGCGUACAUGUCCAUCACCGCGUUUGGACUUGACUCUCUAAAUGCUAUUGAGCUUCGAAAUUGGAUUGGGAAGGAGCUUCAGGCCCAUUUACAAGUAUUAGAGCUGCUCACCAGUGGAAAACUCACAGACCUAGCGGCAUUGGUAUUGAAGAAGACAAGAAUUACGGGGCCAUGGACCAAGCAGGAGAUUUAG